AUGGCAGACAGCACCGCGACUUCCAACGACGCCGACGCCGCCGCCCAGCGAGCCGCCGAGCAGGCGCGGCUUCGCAAGGAGCGCAGAGAAGCAAAGAUCAAAGCUGGAGGAUCGGCGAGGUUGGAGAGAAUCACCGGCGUUGGCGGUCGUGUGGUUGGAGGUUCGUAUAUACCGCUUGGCGUUUUCCUUCUUUAUUCACCUGAAGGGAGCUCGUUGAAAGCUCUGUGCGAAAACAUGCUAAUGGGAAAUAUCAAUGCUCAAGACUCAGACUCUCCAGCCCCGUCCGCUCCGGCCACGUUAUCAAAGGCAACAUCAAUCGAGCACGCCGCGGAUCCAGCCGAGAUCGACAUCUCAGAGCACUUCUUCGUCCCGAAAAAGACAUCUUCCCGCAAGCCCCUCGAUGGCGUCUUCUCUCCCAGUCCCGAGCCGUCGCUCUCCGAGGAACAGCUGCGCCAGAUGAUGCUCGGUCUCGAUCGUCCUGAUCAAGCCGGCCCCAGCGUUGGCGCGACGGGCCCAGGUUUACCACCCGGCAUGGAAUUACCACCCGGCAUGGAGGACGAUCCCAUCAUGAAGAUGAUGUCCCAGAUGAUGUCCGCAGGCUCGAUACCAGGCUUCGGUGGCGCAGAUGGAGCUUCCAACCCUUUCGCCAACAUGAACCUGCCGCAGCGGCAAGCUGCAGUUGAGCUACCCAAAGCUUCGUCCGUGUCUUUCUGGCGCCUCAUUCACGCCCUGGUCGCCGUUGGCCUUGGCCUAUUCUUCGUCCUCACGACAAAUUUCACUGGAAGCAAAGUCGAGCGCGAGCGCACCGCCCUGGCCUUCGAUCAAGAGGUGGACGAGGAGACGGAGAGGCGGAAGAACCUGUUCUUUUGGGCAUUUGCCACAGCUGAGGUCUUGCUGCUGUCGACGAGGUUCUUCCUCGAUAAGCGGAGUACUAACGCUACGGGAUUUGUUGCGACCGCUAUUUCGUACUUGCCGCAGCCGUACCGCGGCUACAUUGAGGUUGGACAGCGAUAUUUCCAAAUCUUCUCCGCUGUGAGGACCGACAUUUUGACGUGUGUCUUUGUGCUUGGUAUUGUGUCAUGGCUAGUGUAA